AAACGUUUUUGAAGACAUCGUACAAUUUGGUUGCCGCGUAGUUCGUUUAUGGACGGUACAUCGGGAUGGCAUUAGGACGCAAGAAUGCUGUAAGUUUGUUUCUUACUUCUUUUGUUUACUGGGUCAGCUCUAUGUCUUCUGUUUGUAAUAAAAUGUUCUAAGUAUAUUUCACUUUACUUCCGGGAAGUGGUGAUAUGCUUUGCUAAGACUUUUAUUCUGGUAAGUUUAGUAAGGCGUUUGAAUUUGAACACACGUUAGCUACAUCUAGUAUGGAUUGUAUCCUCAAACUACGUAAUAAUAAUAAUUUCAGGACUGUCAUUGUUAGAUCAAUAGACUAGAGAUGAAUGUCAGUCACCACCAGUUCUCCCCCGCAAUAUUAAAAUGUCCUCCUGCGACACGAAAAUGUACAGUCAAUCAUCAAAUAGAAUAUUUUAAUACAAAACUCGUCUACCUCCAGAGGUAAAUAGGAUCUUGUUGGUGAAAAACCUACCCUAUAACAUAUCAGCGGAAGAAAUGUAUGAUAUUUUCGGCAAGUACGGUGCUAUCCGUCAAAUUCGCAUCGGCAACACCCCUGAAACGAAAGGAACUGCUCUGGUUAUCUAUGAAGACAUUUUUGACGCUAAGAACGCUUGUGAUCACCUCAGUGGCUUUAACGUUUGUAACCGAUAUCUCGUAGUUCUGUACUACCAGAGAAACAAGCAAUUCAAGAAAACUGAUGUAGACAAAAAGAAAGAAGAAUUAGAUCGAUUGAAGGCAAAAUAUGGAUUAAAUACUCCGAAAAUGAAAUGAUUCAUUUCACAACGAAUCUGGAGCUUUUCCGCGGUUUUCUCACACCGGACGUUCUUAAAUCCUUGUGCAAAUAAAACUUAUAACUUUGACAAAAUAAUCAAUAAAAUGUAUAAAAGUAACGUGAUCAUUUUUUGAUAGUAAACUUCAGAUAUUCUGAUUACAUGAACAAAAUGUAAUCAUGUUGCAGUUGUGCUGUUCUAUAUAUAUAAAUAUAAACCAAAUGUAAUAAAAC